GUCAUCCUCACCCCGCCUUCACCUCAAUUCCCCCAUCCUCCAUCAACACCCUCAGACCACCUCACCCAGUCCAGUCAGAAUGUCGUUCGGCAAGCUCUACGGUGCUGCUGAGAACUCACGCACCACUGCGUGCCGUAUCGUUGCCAAAGCCAAUGAUCUCGAUAUCGAGCUCGUUGACACCAAGCCCGGCUCUCCCGAUGCUGCUUACUUCAAGAUCAACGCUCUGGGCAAGGUUCCAACCUUUGUCGGUGCCAAUGGCUUCGUCUUGACUGAGUGCAUUGCCAUCGCCGUCUACCUCGCUUCUCAGAACGAGAAGACCACUCUUCUCGGAAAGACAAAGCAAGAUUAUGCCUCCAUUCUCCGCUGGAUGUCAUUCACAAACCAGGAGAUCCUUAACCCUCUUGCGGACUGGUUCCGUCCUCUUCUUGGAAUGGCCCCAUACAACAAGCAGGCCGUUGAAAAUAGCUCCAAGGCCGCCCUCAAGGCCAUUGAUGUCUUGGAAAAGCACCUUACUAACAAUACUUUCCUCGUUGGCGAGCGCCUUACUCUUGCUGACACUUUCUGCGCUUCUCUUUUCUCCCGAGCAUUCCAAUUUGUUCUCGGCAAGGACUGGCGCCAGGCCAACCCUGCUACUUCCAGAUGGUAUGAGACCGUGGUUAAUCAGGCCAUUUACAAGGCCGUUGUUCCAAACCCAGUUUUUGUUGAGGAAGGACUAAAGAACGUUCCACCCAAGAAGGAGGAGAAGAAGGCUGCCCCAGCCAAGAAGGAACCUGAGGAGGAAGAAAAACCAGCUCCUAAGCCGGCCAAGCAUCCUCUUGAAUCUCUCCCCAAACCAUCCAUGAUCCUUGAUGACUGGAAGCGCAAGUACUCCAAUGAAGAUACCCGUGAGGCUGCCAUGCCAUGGUUCUGGGAAAACUACAAUCCAGAGGACUACUCCCUGUGGAAGGUUGAUUAUAAAUACAACGACGAGCUCACCUUGACCUUCAUGUCCAACAACUUGAUUGGUGGCUUCUUUGCCCGUCUUGAGGCUUCCCGCAAGUUCAUCUUCGGUGCUUGCUCCGUGUAUGGCGAGAGCAACAACUCCAUCAUCCAGGGAGCCUUCCUUAUCCGUGGCCAGGAUGCUGUUCCAGCUUUCGAUGUUGCUCCUGACUGGGAGAGCUACAGCUUCACCAAGUUGGAUGCCUCCAAGCCAGAGGACAGACAAUUCGUUGAGGACCAGUGGGCCCAAGACAAGCCAAUUGUCGUCGAUGGCAAGUCUUAUGAAUGUGCUGAAGGAAAAGUUUUCAAGUAAAUGAAAAUAAGUAAAAAUCCAUGUGGCUCAACAUGUGCGUCACAAGGCGUCCGAUUUAAUGUGAUGACUUUUAGUCUUGUCGGCCCAAGCUGCGUGUCUCUAAAUGAUGAAUUAAAAUGAUCAUGAGAAUGAUGAAAAAUGACAACCCUAGGAU